AUGAUAGUUGUUGCAGGAUGCACAGGAGACUUAAGCAAGAAGAAGAUAUUCCCAGCCAUAAAUAAAGUGUUCAGAAGGGCACUCGGGAGGUGCAUGGGAGGAGAAUAUGCAGCACGGGAACUAGAUCAGGAAGAUGGCACUCUAAGCAGUUCUACUUCUGCGCACAACUUAAGCAAGUACAGCCCUAUUACGCACGCCAAUCCAGUUGAUGUUCUGGAGAAGAAGAGAUACUUGGAGGCAACUGAAAGUAGAAUAUUCUCAAACAAGCUACCACAGAGUGAUAUUCUGAAGAACAACAAUAUAUACAUACCUCGGAUUAUAGGAUAUGCGAGAAGUAGCCUAACUCUGAAAGAGUUUAUACACAGAAUAGAUCCAAAUGUAUCCUACCUUAAGGAGACAGUUGAAAGGAUAGAGUACUACAGCGGAGAGUACGAUCAGAUGGUUGAGAAUAUAUACAAAAUAGCAAAUAAUGCGGAUAUGUCUCAGAAGCGCGUCUACUUCUAUCUGGCCGUGCCCCCUGAGACAUAUCCAGGCAUACUGAAAAGCAUUCAGGACAAGAUAAAAAGCGGACAGUUUAGGGAUAGGCCUCUUCCAACUGUGCUUAUAGAAAAGCCAAUUGGGGUCUCUCUGGACACAUUUAAUGAGCUGAAAGCAUGCAUGUCAGAUGACUCUGAUGUAUUUUUGUGUGUCGACCACUAUCUGUUUAAGAAUGUGCUUGUUAAGUACAGAGGAAUAUUUAAUGAAAGCAUUCUAAAAAAGCUUAUUCAGCCGGGCUGGAUUGAAGGCGUAAAGGGAUACUUCAACGAAACAAUUGGAGUUGAGGGAAGAGAGAGCUACUAUAAUACAUCUGGCGCCUGCAGAGAUGUUCUUCAGAACCACCUGCUAUUGGCAGUGGCAACUGUUUUAGCUGGAAACAACACAAGGCUCUCAAUUCUUCAGGAAAUAGAGUCGCUUUCCAAGGAAAAGGUUGUAUUUGGAGUGUAUUCAGAGUAUUAUAAUGUGAUAACCCAGGCCCAUGAAAUACCAAAGGAGGUGAGAGCAACACACAGUGAGACCUCUUUGAACAGAGUAGUGAAGGAUCUUAAGACUUCAAAGCUGUCUUCUGCAGAAAAGGGCCAGCCCACUAAUGAAGACGUGAAAGAGACAUUCAUUCGGACAGAAACAACGAUAAAGGGUCCUUGGGACAUACCGUUGAAAAUGACAGCAGGCAAAAAAAUGCCCUCUCACUUUGUUGCAGUGGUUUUAAUGAUGAGCCCAUCCGCAAUUCUUUUCAUUGCCAAGCAGGAAACCAGCUCAAAGGACUAUGAGAAUCCAGAAUUGCUGGAAACCAUAAUAAAGAGCCUUGAGAAGAGUGAAGAGGGUGCUGUAGGUACUGAACCCUCAAAAACAGAGGAUUCUCGAACUCCAAGCCCAAAAGAAACAUAUUCCAUAUCCACAGAUGAAAGCGUAGACGUAUCAGAGGAAAGCGCUGAUGAUACUGAGAAGCCAAAGAGAAUGAAUCCUUCUAGUCUUAUAACAGGAAAAAUAAAGAUAAAAAUAACACCCAAGGAGUCUAUUUCAAUAGAAAUAAAGUACAAAAAGAAGCUAGCAAAAAAGAUAAACAUUGCUAUUCCAAAUAGCGAGGACCGGAUUGAUGCAUACGAGCAUCUAUUCACCCAAUUGAUAUUUGAGUCACAGCGCAGUGGGUUUUCUCCGCUCUCUGAGAUACAGGAGCAGUGGAGAAUUGUCAACCCAAUUCUAGACCAUCCUGAAAUAGCAAGAAUAUCCUAUUAA